AGAGAAGUGUUAUCCAACAUGUUCUCUUAACAGGAUAUGACGUAUCGAAGAAACCGGAAACUACCAAUUCUAUGGCAACGACGCCAUUUCGCGACGGCGUCCUCCGGAUUCGUUCAUAAGUUGGAUGAGUUUCUGACCAUGCCACUGAGGAACAGCUACACAAGAUUCUUGUAAAAAUGUCAAGAUCAGGCAGCAAUGCAUACCAGAAUCGGCCUUUCUCUUCUGGCCGCUCACAGAGCAGCACUUCAACCAGAGCUGCUAUGGAUAGACAGCAGUAUCCAGAAGUGAAACAGCGAGGCUUUUACUCAGAUAUAAUUGGUGCUGAUGCAGGCAAAAGCUCCUUGAAGGACCAUUUGGUGGGACCUCAAACUCAGCAAAAUACACUAUGGGUUGUUGCCAAAGAAGAACACACACCCAGUGUGGAGUUAUUUCAGCCACCGUCAGUAGAAAAUUUGCAGUCACAGAUAAAGAAGCAGACUUUUGGCUCCAGUACAGAAAUGACAGCUGUAUCUGAUUUCCCUAUUAAAGCAUCAGAGCCUAAAGUACAGUUGCCAUUUUUCGCCAAACCUGGUGACUGCCCCAGAAAGAUUGAAAUCGAAAGGCGACGGCGCCAGUACUGUCGCAAAGACCUAAAGCAGCUGUUACUGUCACACAACAUCAAGACAAAUGCGUUGAUGCCAAAAGAUACAGGAUCUGAUACAGUGUUACUCAAUGCUGAUCCAGAUAAUCCAGCCCCUUUUCCUCCAUAUCUGCCUCUUCACAUCUUUGACAAUGAGGAGAAAGACUGUCGCACUCCUAAUGAGUGGGUGGCUAUGGGUCAAACAAAUGGCACUCGCAAACCAGUGCCAGGCAUUUCUCUUCUUCCUGUGAUCAGUAAGGACAAGAUGAAGGAUCCAACAGACCUAUCUAUCACAUAUGACUGGUGUGAUGUUGGUGUGCUUGACUAUGAUAGUUUAACCAAACAGUACCUGGUUCAGAAGACUAAUGAAAAUGGUCGUGUGGUGGAUGAUGGACAGCCAAUAGUCAAUGGAGGAGUGAGACCUGAUGGGACACGUGUCAAAGCUUCUGGCCAGUUCUGGGUGCCUCGCAUCAGAUUAAUGUUCAGAGCAGAAGAUCCAAGAAUCUUUGCUGAGCGUGUUGCAGAAGCCUUUGAGAGUCGUCAUGUUUUUGAGGCAGAGCUGCGGUACAAUUUGUAUGUGGACUGCAUGCCUAUGGAUGGUGUAGGAGAGCUGGACCAGGCAUCUCUCCGACGAAUGGUGGAGUGCGCACGAACCACACCUGGCAUUGACCUACAGAAGAACAACCUUGAUGAUCAUCUUCAAGUAUUGGAGAGAGAAGUAAACAUUGACUUUUGCCGAUCAAUGAACCGUAUCAUCUUUGACAAAACAGUUAAAGAUGAUCGAAAAACAUUUGCCUUUGUCACCAUCCCAGAGACACCCAUCAAAGCGAUACCUGAGAAAGGCUGUUGUAUGGAUGUGCCAGAGUACCCAUUUGAUGAGCAGUACGACAACUUUGCCUUUAACUCGCUGCUCACACUGCAAGAGAGUAUUCAGGCUAUGGGCAAAGUGCGAACAGAGUGCAAUCGUGUCAGCCACAACAUGUCCCUGUACCACAUACCAACAGCCAAGCCUAUGCGACUAGAGGAAUUUGAACAGACACAGUCACAGGCAACAUCUCAGACAUCCAUGUACCUAAAGGACAGCUGGAUAUCAUCGCUUCGAGUCAGUAUCAGGACAUGUCUGCGAGAUGUGGGAAAAGGCUGGUUCAACAUUCAUGAAAAAAACUGGGAAGUCUAUGAGAUCUCCAAACUAAAAAAAUUUAUGGAAACUGUCAAGUUCAUCAUGCAGGACUCCCUGCGAUUCUUAGUACAAGACUCUCUCGUGAGCUUCACUCAAAUGGUUGUUGAUGCCUGUCAUACAACAAUGUCUUUGAGUGAGGAUUACACAUGGGGGCCAGAGAUUGCUGUCAGCUUUUUUAAGCCCAAGAAAAAUGCUCUUUUCUUGGUGGAUCUUGUUCUUGAUGCCAGUGGAGUACACUACAGCACCAGCCUUCCCUCCUUUGAGACAACACUCAUCUCACUCUUUGAUCGUGGUAUUCUGUCCACACAUAAUGUUCCACAGCUGGAAAAGUUCAUCAUGGAAGACAUCUUCUGGUCUGGUACCCCACUGUUAGAAUCUGUAGGCGAACAUGAGCCUGCAGUGGAAGAGCUGCGUGAAACAGUGUGCCGCACCAUCCAGAAGUCUCUCAUCCCUCUCAAGGCCUAUGCCCGCGAGUAUGAGAGAUAUCUAGAGCUUAUGAACUUGGACAUCAACCAGUAUGUGAAGGACUAUGAGAACCAGGAGCACGCUGCAGCAGAGGUGAAGAAGGAGGUGGAAAUGCACCUAGAAGAGAAAGAGAAGCUAGAGGCCACUAUCCCCAGUAGCAUAGUCAUUGGACCUUUCUGGGUCAGCACAGAGAACACUCGUCAGGCUUUGGCCAAGAAGCGCAAAGCUCUCAGCAAUGCUGUCCUGGAGCUGCUUGCUCGACAGCUGCGUAAACAGGCAGAUGAUGCGUGUGAAGAAUUCAAGAACAUCAGUCGCAAGCUUUAUGAGAAACCUAACUGUGUUGAGGAGCUGUCUGAGAUGAGAGAGUGGAUGAAGAUUAUUCCUGACAAGCUCAAAGAACAUCAGGAGCUUAUUGACAAAGCCAUGCAGGAUUAUGAGCUGAUCGAAGAGUUUUACUACAACCUUUCUACUGAUGACUUCAACGCCAAAUGGACUGCAGUUGGAUGGCCACACAAGAUCGAGCGCCAGAUGGAACAGACCCAUAUUCAGCUAAAUGAUGAUGAGGAGAGGUUCCACAAGCUCCAGUUGUCUGACCAGUCAAGCUUUGAAGACCGUCUUGAUACUUUGCAGAUGGUGGUGGCUGGUAUGGCAGCCCACACAGAUAUUACAAAAGCCACAGAAAUUGCCAAUGAGAUGCGACGUGUCAACAAACAAUUGAGGGAUGCACAAGGGCUGGCUGUCACAUACAACAACAGAGAACGGCUCUUUGGCAUGCCCGUCACUAACUAUGACAGGCUGGCAAAGCUUGCAAAGGACUUUGAGCCAUACCGCAAUCUGUGGAUCACUGUGGACCAGUGGAAGCAGUCGCAUCAGACUUGGCUACAUGACCCUUUGAUGAAUAUCAACGCCGAGGAACUUGAGAGGACUGUCAUGGAAGCAUACAAAACCAUGCACAAAUCUGUCAAAAUCUUCAGCGAGAUACCAAAUGUCCAGGAUGUUGCUUCUGAAAUCAAAGAAAAGAUUGAGGAAUUCCGUCCAUACAUCCCUUUGAUUCAGGGUCUCAGAAACCCAGGCAUGCGCAACAGACACUGGGAACUACUGUCAGAGGAACUUGGAUUCCCUAUAAGGCCCAAGGCCAAUUUGACCUUCUCCAAGUGUCUUGAGAUGAAACUGCAAGAUCACAUAGCUGUCAUCUCAAAGAUUGCCGAAGUUGCUGGAAAAGAAUAUUCCAUUGAGCAGGCACUGGACAAAAUGGAGCAUGAGUGGGACAAUGUGGAAUUUGAGAUCUUGACCUACAAGAACACAGGCACAUACAUCAUCAAAACCUCAGAAGAGACCAGCCAACUUCUUGAUGACCACAUUGUCAUGACACAGAGUAUGUCUUUUUCACCCUACAAGAAGCCAUUCGAAGACCGCAUCUCAAGCUGGGAAAGCAAGCUUCGAACUACCCAGGAUGUGCUGGAUGAGUGGCUGAAUUGCCAGAGAGCCUGGCUGUAUCUGGAGCCCAUCUUCAGCUCUGAGGACAUCAACAGGCAGCUGCCUGUGGAAUCCAAGAGGUACCAAACUAUGGAACGCAUCUGGCGUAAGGUGAUGAAGAAUGCAAAAGAAAACCCACAGGUGAUCUCACUGUGUCCUGACAAUCGACUCCUGGACAAUCUGAGGGAAUGCAACAAGUUGUUAGAGCAAGUACAAAAAGGUCUCAGUGAAUACCUGGAGACGAAACGAAAUGCUUUCCCACGAUUCUACUUCCUAUCAGAUGAUGAAUUGUUGGAGAUUCUGUCUCAAACAAAGGACCCAACAGCUGUCCAACCUCAUUUGCGAAAAUGUUUUGAGAACAUUGCGCUUCUUCGCUUUGAGGACGACCUGAAGAUUACAAAGAUGUACUCUGGCGAAGGAGAGGAUGUAGCUUUCAGGGAGACACUCUACCCUGUGGGCAAUGUGGAGGACUGGAUGGGCGAGAUUGAGCGCAUAAUGAAAGAGAGUCUGCGUCUCAUCAUCAAAGAUUCUCUUGAGGACUACAAGACAAAACCACGCACAGAGUGGGUAUUGAGUUGGCCUGGUCAGGUAGUCAUAGCUGGUUGCCAGACUUACUGGAGCUCUGAAGUUACACAAGCUUUGGAGUCAAACACACUUGAAGACAGGUAUGAGGUGCUUCUGAAACAACUGGACGAUCUGAGAUCCCUGGUAAGGCAUGACAUUUCCAAGAUUGGCCGCAUGACACUGUCUGCCCUCAUUGUGGUAGAGGUGCAUGCACGUGAUGUGGUUGCCACCAUGGUUCAGGAGAAAGUCAAUAAUGCCAAUGCCUUUGAAUGGAUCAGUCAGUUGAGGUAUUACUGGCUGGAAGAUGAAAACUUGUACCAGAGAGCUGUCAAUGCUCAGUUCCCAUAUGCUUAUGAGUACUUGGGUAACACAAGUCGUCUUGUCAUCACUCCACUUACAGACAGGUGUUACCUGACUCUGACUGGGGCAUUACAUCUCAAGUUUGGAGGUGCACCAGCAGGCCCAGCUGGAACAGGCAAGACAGAGACUACAAAGGACCUGGCUAAGGCAUUUGCUAUCCAGUGUGUAGUAUUCAACUGUUCUGACCAGCUUGACUUCAUGGCCAUGGGAAAGUUUUUCAAAGGACUGGCCAGUGCAGGGGCAUGGGCUUGUUUUGAUGAGUUUAACCGCAUCGACAUUGAGGUGUUGUCUGUGGUGGCUCAGCAGAUAACCACAAUACAGAAAGCUCAACAGCAAAGGCUGGAUCGAUUCAUUUUUGAAGGUGUUGAGUUGAUUCUCAAACCUUCAUGUGCUGUCUUUAUCACCAUGAAUCCUGGCUAUGCUGGACGAACAGAGCUGCCAGAUAAUUUGAAAGCCUUGUUCAGACCAGUGGCCAUGAUGGUGCCAGACUACGCCCUCAUUGCAGAGAUCAGCCUCUUCUCAUUUGGCUUCUCAGAUGCUAAAAUUCUUGCCAAGAAAAUUGUCACCACAUUUAAACUGUCUUCAGAACAGCUCAGCUCACAGGAUCACUAUGACUUUGGCAUGCGAGCCGUAAAGAGUGUAAUAUCAGCAGCUGGCAAUCUGAAGAGGCAGUCCCCUGACAUGGAUGAGGAACUGAUUGCACUGCGGGCCAUUCGUGAUGUCAAUGUGCCAAAGUUUCUUGUGGAUGACCUUAAGCUAUUCAGUGGGAUUGUAUCUGACCUGUUCCCCAAUAUCAAGGAGCAGCCAAUAGACUAUGGUGCUCUAGACACAUCUCUGAGAAAAUCCUGCAUUAAGAUGGGCCUGAAGGAUGUAGAUGGUUUUAUCAAAAAGUGUAUUCAGCUCUAUGAGACAACAGUGGUGCGCCAUGGUCUCAUGUUGGUUGGUCCUACAGUGUCUGGAAAAACCAGAUGCUAUGAAGUGCUUCAAAAAGCACAAUCAGCACUAAAGGGUGAGCCUUCUCCAUCAGGAGAGCCAUUUGAAAACACUCUGACCUACAUUGUCAAUCCAAAGUCCAUCACCAUGGGUCAGCUUUAUGGAGAGUUUGACCAACUAACACAUGAAUGGACUGACGGCAUUCUUUCAUCUUUGAUCCGAGUGGGUACAUCUGCUGGUGACAAAGAUAAACGCUGGUACUUGUUUGAUGGUCCAGUGGAUGCUGUGUGGAUUGAGAACAUGAACACUGUUUUGGAUGACAACAAGAAGCUAUGCCUCAGCAGCGGGGAGAUCAUCAAGCUCACAGAGGCAAUGACCAUGAUGUUUGAGGUGGCUGACCUGGCCGUAGCCUCACCUGCUACAGUCAGCCGCUGUGGUAUGGUGUACCUCGAACCCAGCUACAUCGGGCUUGAGCCUUUUGUUGAGUGUUGGCUCAAGAAAUUGCCAGACAACAUUUAUGAACACAGAGACACCUUUAAACAUCUGUUUGAUGUCUUUAUGGAGCCUGCAAUCAAGUUCAUGCGUUCAAACAUGAAGGAAAUUGUUGCAUCUGUGGAUGGACAGUUGGUCUUCAGUCUUCUUAAGCUUCUGGACUGCUUCUUUUCUCCCUUCAUACCCAAAGAGGGGGAGAAACCUAUUCCCACAGAACAGCUGGGCAGACUUGCAGAGCUUAUUGAGCCCUGGUUCAUCUUUGGGCUGGUUUGGAGCAUUGGUGCCACGUGCGACAACGAUGGGCGUGUCAAGUUUUCUGGUUGGCUGAGGGAAAAAAUGAAAGAGGGCAAGUGCAAGCUGCUUUUUCCAGAAGAGGGUCUGGUUUAUGACUAUGUGCUGGACGAUGCAGGCAUCUGCAGCCAGGGCAAAGAUGAUUUGGAGGAAGAGGAAUCAUUGAAACGAGAAGUACAAUGGCGCAAUUGGAUGCAUGGGUUACCAAUUUAUGAAGUGCCCCCAGAUGCAAAAUACUCAGAUAUUUUGGUACCAACCAUAGACACAGUCCGAAGUUCCUAUGUGAUGGGAAUGCUUCUUUCCAACAAUAAGACAGUUAUAAGUGUGGGCCCAACUGGAACAGGCAAAACCUUGACAAUUGCAGACAAGCUUACUCGUAAUAUGCCGAAAGAGUAUGUACCAGAGUUCAUCGUAUUCUCAGCCAAGACCAGUGCUAACCAGACACAGGACCUCAUUGAUGGCAAGCUCGAUAAACGACGAAAAGGUGUCUUUGGACCUCCUCUUGGGAAAUAUUUUGUGUUCUUUAUUGACGAUCUGAACAUGCCAGCUAGAGAAGUGUAUGGUGCUCAGCCUCCCAUUGAACUAAUCAGGCAGUUUAUGGAUUUCAAGGGAUGGUAUGAUCGCAAAGCUAUUGGUGAAUUCAGGAACAUCGUGGACGUAAACUUUGUGUGUGCUAUGGGUCCUCCUGGAGGAGGGCGCAACCCUGUCACUGCACGCCUGACUCGACACUUUAAUUUUCUGGCUUUCACGGAAAUGGAGGAUCCCAGCAAACGCAAAAUAUUUGCAACCAUCUUAAAAUCCUGGAUAAGUCAGAGUCCCAGUGUCAGCUCCAUUUGUGAGAAAAUGGUAGAUACAUGCAUUUCCUGCUACAACACCAUCCAGACCCAGCUGCUGCCCACGCCUGCCAAGAGCCACUACACCUUCAAUCUGCGUGACCUGUCUAAAGUCUUCCAAGGCAUUCUUAUGGGCAGCCCAGACAAAAUCACUGGCACUGGAGAGUUGCUGUCUCUUUGGUACCAUGAAAGCUGUCGAGUAUACCAAGAUCGUCUUGUGAAUGAUGAAGACAGAACAUGGUUUGAGAACCUUUUGGGGCAGAAGAUGGAGGAAGAUUAUGGGAUGAAAAUGGAUGCAGUUGUUACACAAAGGCCACUUCUGUAUGGAGACUUGUUGACACCCAAUGUGGAAAACCGGCCAUAUGUCUUUAUGGAUGACCAUGCAAAGUUGGUGAAGGUAGUAGAAGAUUAUCUUGAGGACUACAAUCAAGUCAAUACAGCCCAGAUGCGACUUGUCCUAUUCAUGGAUGCAGUCACACAUGUCUGCAGAAUAUCCCGCAUCAUUCGCCAGCCACUUGGCAAUGCCCUGCUGCUGGGUAUGGGUGGUUCAGGUCGGCAGUCCUUGACUCGUCUUGCUGCUCACGUGUCUGAGUUUGAAUGUGUCCAGAUUGAGUUGUCAAAAAAUUAUGGGAUAUCUGAGUGGAGAGAUGACCUUCGUCGAGUCAUGAUGAAAGCUGGCUUGGAAAACAAACCCGUUGUCUUUCUUUUCAGUGACACACAGAUAAAGAGUGAGUCUUUCCUGGAAGACAUCAACAAUAUUCUCAACUCAGGCGAUGUGCCAAACAUUUAUGGCUUUGAUGAGCAAGAGCAGAUUUUUACUGCCUUGAAACCUGUCGUUCAGGAUCUUGGCCUGCAACCAACUAAAACCAACCUUUUCUCUGCUUAUACCAAACGUGUCCGCAACAACUUGCACACUGUUAUAACAAUGAGCCCUCUGGGUGAGAUAUUUCGAGCUCGUCUGCGCCAAUUUCCAGCUUUGGUCAACUGCUGUACCAUUGACUGGUUCAGUGAGUGGCCAGCUGAUGCCCUAAAGUCUGUGGCACUGCGCUUCCUCAAUGACAUUCCAGAUUUAGAGUGCACACAGGAAGUCAUGGAAGGUUUGGUGGCCAUGUGUCAGGAGAUUCAUCAGUCUGUAGCAACAUAUUCCAAGCAAUUCCUGGCCGAGCUGUCUCGCUAUAACUACGUGACGCCUACCAGCUAUCUAGAGCUACUGGGCAUCUUCUCCAAGCUGAUUGGAAUGAAGAAGAUGGAUCUAACAACAGCUAGAAGAAGGCUCAAGACUGGUUUGGAUAAGUUGCUAACGACUGCAGACGAAGUGGCAAAGUUGCAAGAGGAGCUGGCCACAAUGAGGCCUCUACUUGCUGAGGCAGUGAAGGAAUCCAUUGCAACAAUGGAGCAGAUUGCAAAGGAUACAACUGUUGCUGAGGAGACUAAAGCUGUUGUGCAGAAAGAAGAAGCAGCAGCUGCCACAAAGGCGAGAGAAACCCAGGCCAUUGCUGAUGAUGCACAGAGGGACCUUAAUGAAGCAUUGCCUGCUUUGGAUGCAGCUCUUGCAAGUCUGAAACAGCUCAACAAGGGUGAUGUAGUGGAAGUGAGAGCUCUUCAGCGGCCACCUGAUGGAGUCCGGUUGGUUAUUGAGGCCGUCAGCAUCAUGAAGGGCAUCAAGCCAAAAAAAGUGGCCGGUGAUAAGCCAGGACAAAAGGUGGAUGACUACUGGGAACCAGGCAAGGGCAUGUUGCAGGAUCCAACCAAAUUCCUUGAAAGUUUGUUCAAGUAUGAUAAAGACAACAUUCCAGAUGAUACCAUCAAGAAAAUUCAGCCAUACAUUGACGAUGAAGCCUUUCAGCCAGCUGCCAUCGCCAAGGUCUCCAAGGCUUGUACUUCUAUCUGCCAGUGGGUGAGAGCCAUGCACAAGUACCACUUUGUGGCCAGGGGUGUGGCACCUAAGCGUGCAGCACUGAAGCAGGCACAGGAAGACCUUGCCGAAACUCAGCGCAUCCUAGAUGCUGCCAAGAAUAGACUGCAGGAAGUGGAGGAAGGCAUUGCCACGCUGCAGGCCAAGUAUGAUGACUGCAUGCGCAAAAAGGAAGAGUUGCAGACAAAGACCCAGGAGUGUGAAGCCAGGCUCGUCCGUGCAGACAAGUUGAUUGGUGGUUUGGCUGACGAGAAAGACAGGUGGAUAGAGUCUGUGGAUAAACUUGAAACAAUUAUUGACAAUAUCAUUGGUGAUGUGCUGAUAUCAUCUGCCAACAUUGCCUAUCUUGGCCCCUUCACAGGGAAGUAUCGACAGACUAUGACCCAAGAAUGGGUCGGCCAACUUGAUCAGUACAAAGUUCCCAAGACAGAAGAUCCAAGUCUUGUUGGUGCCAUGAGUGACCCUGUUAAAAUCCGCAGCUGGCAAAUUGCAGGGCUUCCCAAAGACAACCUGUCUGUUGAAAAUGGUGUCAUUGUGCAGUUUUCAAGGCGUUGGUCAUUGUUUAUUGAUCCACAAGGACAGGCCAAUAAGUGGAUCAAAAACUUGGAACGAGAUAAUGGACUAGACAUCAUCAAGCUCUCAGAUAAAGACUUCCUGCGCAGCUUGGAAAAUGCUGUGCGUUUUGGCAAACCAUGUCUUCUUGAGAACAUCGGCACUGAGCUGGAUCCAGCACUGGAACCCAUCCUGCUUAGACAGACAUACAAGCAGCAGGGCAGCUUGGUGAUUAAGCUUGGUGAUGCUGUGAUUCCCUACCACAAUGACUUCAAAUUCUAUAUGACCACAAAGCUGCCCAACCCGCACUACACACCUGAGGUGUCCACCAAGGUCACUCUAGUCAACUUCACACUGUCACCCAGUGGCCUGGAGGACCAGCUGCUGGGUAUCGUAGUAGCAGAGGAGAGACCAGACCUAGAGGAGGCUAAAAACCAGCUCAUCGUCAGCAACGCCAAGAUGAAACAGGAACUGAAAGAAAUUGAGGACAGAAUCCUGUUUCGUCUUAGCUCCUCUGAGGGCAGCCCUGUGGACGACAUUGAUCUGAUCCAAACGCUGGAAGCCUCAAAAAUCAAGUCGCUGGAAAUCAAGGCCAAGGUGCUUGUGGCGGAGCAGACGGAAAAGGACAUCGAUGUGACUCGCAGCCAGUACAUCCCAGUCGCCGUCAACACGCAGAUCCUGUUCUUCUGCGUGGCUGACAUGGCCAACAUCGACCCAAUGUACCAGUACUCGCUGGAGUGGUUCAUCGGCAUCUUUCUCGGUAGCAUCUCCAACGCCGAGCGUGCCGACAACAUUCCUCAGCGAAUCGUCAACAUCAACAACUACUUCACCUUCAGCCUGUACAGCAAUGUCUGCCGCUCCCUUUUCGAGAAGCACAAACUCCUCUUCGCCUUCCUCUUGUGUGUGAGAAUCAACAUGCACAAAGGGAUCAUUAACAUGGAUGAAUGGCGCCAUUUAGUGGCGGGAGGAACUCACAAACCCAAGGAACUAGACAAUCCGGCCCCAGAAUGGAUUUCAGAAAGAUCGUGGAAUGAAAUCCUAACCCUAGGAGCACUCGAAAAAUAUGCACCAUUUGUGGACGAUUUCAAAAACCAUCUAAAAGGUUUUAAAGCAAUUUUUGACGGCGCCGAUCCACACAGAGAAGAUCUGCCAGGCCAAUGGAACACAGCUCUGGACCAGUUCCAGAAGAUGCUGGUGCUGAAAGGAUUGCGUCUAGACAAGAUCACGAGCCAGGACUACGUCUCGGACAAUCUAGGACAACGCUUCAUUGAGCCUCAGACUUCAGAUUUGACAGCUGUAUUUAAGGAUUCUUCUCCUACAACUCCACUUAUUUUCGUCCUGUCCACGGGUACGGAUCCUGCUGCUGAUCUCUAUAAAUUUGCAGAAGAAAUGAGGUUCUCUAAGAAACUGACUGCAAUUUCCUUGGGACAGGGACAGGGCCCCCUGGCAGAACAACUGAUGCGGUCAGCUAUGGAGAGAGGCAAGUGGGUGUUUUUCCAGAACUGUCAUCUGGCCCCCAGCUGGAUGCCGUCCCUCGAGCGGCUGGUGGAGCAGAUUGACCCUGACAAGGUUCACCGCGACUUCCGGUUGUGGCUGACGAGCAUGCCCAGUGCCAAGUUUCCAGUCUUCAUCCUGCAGAACGGUUCCAAGAUGACGGUUGAGCCCCCGAAAGGCAUCAAAGCUAAUCUGCUUCGAUCCUACAUCGGCUUCAACGACGAUUUCCUCUCAUCUUGUGCCGAAAAGAGUGCUCCCUUCAAGCACCUGUUGUUGUCACUGUGCUUAUUCCAUGGAGUGCUGAUCGAGCGACGAAAGUUUGGUGCCCUGGGUUUCAACAUUCCUUACGAGUUCACAGACGGCGACCUGCGUAUUUGCAUAAGUCAACUCAAAAUGUUCCUGCUUGAAUACGAAGACAUUCCUUACAAGGUGCUGAAAUACACUGCAGGCCACAUCAACUACGGUGGUCGUGUGACCGACGACUGGGAUCGGCGUUGCUUGAUGAACAUCCUGAGCGACUACUACAAGCCAGAAGUACUCAGUGAGGAGUACAACUACAGCCCAAGUGGCAUCUAUCACCAGAUUCCUCCCUCACAGGACCAUAACGGCUAUGUUGCCUAUGUGAGAAGUUUGCCCAUCAACGACACCCCCGAGAUCUUCGGUCUGCAUGACAACGCCAACAUUACCUUCGCUCAGAACGAGACUCUAGAAAUGCUGGGUGGUUUGCUGCAACUUCAGCCCAAAACAGCCAGCGGUAGCGGCAAGUCACGUGAGGAGGUAAUGGAAGAGACAGCUCACUCUAUCCUUGGCCAAGUACCCAAGCCAGUCUCUGUCAGUCAUGUGAUGGAGAAAUACCCUGUUCUUUAUGAACAGUCCAUGAACACUGUUUUAGUGCAAGAAGUCAUCAGGUACAACCGUUUGUUGGGAGUGAUUCAUCAGUCUAUGCAGGAUUUGCUGAAGGCACUGAAAGGCCUUGUAGUUAUGUCACAGGAACUGGAGAAUAUGGCCACCAGCCUAUAUAACAACACUGUACCGGUUAUGUGGUCUGGAAAAGCAUAUCCAUCACUGAAACCCCUGGCGUCAUGGGUCAUAGACUUGAUUCAGCGCGUGGCGUUUAUCCAAGAGUGGAUAGACACUGGAAUCCCAAGCGUCUUUUGGAUUUCUGGAUUCUUCUUUCCGCAAGCUUUUUUGACUGGCACACUCCAAAACUAUGCUCGCAAGAAAGUCAUCUCUAUUGACACUAUCAGCUUCGAUUUUAAGGUAGUGCAAGAGGCUUACCAGGAGCUGAAAGUAGCACCAGAAGAUGGCUGCUACAUCCGGGGCCUUUUUGCCGAAGGCGCUCGCUGGGAUUUCGCCAACAACAUGCUGACCGAGUCCCGUCCAAAGGAGCUGUUCACGGAUAUGCCGGUCCUAUGGCUGAUACCUGCUGCAAACCGAAAAGUCCCCGUGUCAGGAAUCUACGAAUGCCCUGUAUACAAGACACUCACAAGAGCCGGAACUCUGUCAACAACCGGUCACUCCACAAACUUUGUCUUCGCCGUCGAGAUACCCAGCGACAAACCUCAGCAACACUGGAUUCAGAGGGGCGUGGCGAUGUUGUGCGCUCUUAACUACUGAGGCGUGGUGAUAGGAAUUACUUCUCUUUGGCUAAAAAUAGAUGCGGAUGAGGAAAUCGUUUGUCAUCUUACUCACAUUAUUACUUAAUGAGAUUCCUAGACUGGACAGUAGUUGUGAGGGUAAUAAAAAGAUAAGACAGUUUACAUGUAUUUUUUUAAGACAUUACUUUUUUUUAUUCGUUUGUGGGCCUUUGGCCCAGGCUCGUCUGACAUAGUUGUGUACCAGGAACUCUUUUUUUCAAGUUUCAACGGAUGAAAUGCUUCAGCCAAAGACAUUGUGGCAGCAAAUCAGUGAAGUGACGCCAAGCUUUUGGACAAAUUGUGUAUUCUCUUUAACUGUUUUGCACGAUCAGCGUUCAAUAUCUGACUUUGAAGAAGCAGCCAAAGAAUCUGCUGUGAUCAUUUUAAGAUGUGGGAAUAUAUCUCAUAUAUUUACUGAAAUUGUGGGGUUUGUUUGUAAAUCUUACUUAACGGUACUCGGCUACUUGUUUCUAAGUACUUUAUGAUUUUUUUCUUUUUUCUGUUAUGCUGUUUAUACUGGAAUGCAAAAAUUUGUACGUUUUAAACGUGUAUGAUGUAUAAUUCAUGGGACCCUUUAAUUUUUGUGUCAUAAUUUUACAGAUGUUUUUCUAGGAGCUUCUAUUUAUCAGGACAUAAUAACAAAUUUCUUAAGGUUCUUUUUAAUGUAGCCAUGUUAGAUAUUUAUCUUCCUGAUCAGCAGAAGAAUUUGCGUUUCACAAAUAGCUUGUAAAAACAGAUCGUCGUAUGAAUGGAUUUUUGUUGUCAUUUUUGUGAUUGUUUCCAUAAAAUAGGAAGACUGCUGUGAAUUUGACCGAUUUGAUCAUCGUUGCCACACUAAAUAUUUAUUUCAAAGUCCUAUUUAAUUAUUUUUGUUUAUAAAUGAUCAUAGCUCAAUAUCGUUUUGUACACAUUGAUGUUCGUAAUCAUAAGAGUAGAUUCAAUUGACUUCGUUGUUCUAUGUACACCUUUUGGAAAUCUUUUUAUGUAUGCUAUAUACGAAAGUUUUAUAGAAAUAUACAUCUGCCAGCAGGCAUUGUACAAAAGGGGACACACAAUCUGUGCGUCUUAUUUUUCCUUUAUAAUCAUUCUACGUCGCUGUCAUCUGACAGUCUGUCGCUCGUGGUGUUCUGCUUUUGGAGGAAGGACUUGGUUUAUCGUAUAAAUCUCCCAGUUGAUAAAAACUUGUUCGUUUGCAAGAUAUGCUGAAACAGGAAGGUUGAUCGAUUAACAUACUCAGUGGCAUUGUAAAUAAAUAAAUUUAAAAAAAAGUUUCCAAAAAGGCAAACAAGAAAAAUAUUGAAAGAUCAGUGUUGAUGUUACUUGAAAAAAAA